AAACUUCCCAAUUCAAAACAAACACAUGUGCACAUGUUUUUGCUCGUACGCAGGCACGCAGCACGACCCGGCCCGCCCCCAAAAAAACGUGAUUCUACGCCAAUUUUCCACCCGCGGCCAGGAUGAAGAAAAAGCCGGCGACCCUUUCGGAUAAGCUGAACAAGCUUUUCGCCCCGGAGGACCAUUCGGACGAGUCGGGCGAUGAGACAGCGCCAAAGUUCAGCGAGUUUGAUGAAACGCCGGAUGAUGCGGGUCGCGAUGCCGCAUUGAGUGAGUUCCGCAAGCGAAACGUUCGAUUCCUGGAAGAGUUUGACCGGAAGUACAAGGGAGCAGUGUCCUCGCGGAGUGAAACCUUCGGUGAGGAUGAUGAAGAAGAGUCUGACGGAGCUGGGGAUGAUUCGGACGAUCUCGGUGGCGAUGAUGAUGAUGAUGAGGAAGACGAUGAUAGUAGCGUGCGGAAAAGCAAACCUAAAUCACUUGUGCUCCUAAAGCCACCCCGAGAGGACGAUGAUAGCGAGGAUGAUGAUGAUGACGAUGCCGGAGACAACUACGAUGACGAUGAUGAUGGUGAGGACGAAUCGGGCGGAGAUAAUUACGAAGAGUCCUCGGACGAAGACGAACAAUCAUCAUCAGCGCGCACGGCAAGAAGCAAGCAGCAAGCAUCCAAGCAACCGGAGCUCACCCUGCUCAAGGAAGAAAACCGCCAGGAUGCAAUCAACAAAGGUUUAGCGGUCCAGAAUCAGCUGAAAAUAUGGGAACGCUUGCUGGAAAUGCGCAUCAAGGUGCAGCCCUGCUUGCUCGCUUCGAACGGUCUGCCACCGCCGGAAGCGUGCGAAAAGCUGCGCUCACAAAAUGAAGAAUUUCGAGACAAGGCACAGCAAGCGGUAGCGACCGUAACGGAGGCAAUGGAUCGAAUGCUCGAACUGCAGGAACUUCUGAUGGGUCGGUUCGCUGAGACGAAGGAUCUGCUCAAGAGUGGUUCAAAACGGACUGCACUAGGUUCCAAGUCGUCCAAAUCGAAACGGAUCGCACUGGACGGAUACGAAGCGAUGCUUGCUGGCAGGUGCAAGGAUAUGGAGGAGUAUCGGAACAGUGUGCUGAUGAAGUGGCACGAUCGGACAACGAUCGCAUCCAAGAUGCGAAGCAACCCAAUGCAGUCGCAGUCCGUGUUGAAGAAAAUCGAGGACAGUCUUAUCAAUCGGGAGGAGCUGGUGCGUAAGACGCAACUGUAUCGCGGCGGUUAUACGUUGCUCGGGCGGGAGGUUCCAUCGGAGGCAGCGGGUCCAACACAACCCACCGAUCGGGAGGAUGGCCGGGAUGCAGGGGAAGAACAAACACCGUCCUCGGUUUAUGAUGGGGAAAUUUUCGACGACUCGGACUUUUACCACCAGAUGCUGCGGGAAUUGAUUGAGUACAAAACCAGCACCACCGACAGCCCGCAGGAGAUUGCCAGCAAGCUGGCGGAGCUGCAGAAACUUCGCAACAAGAUGAAGAAAACGGUCGACACGAAAGCGUCCAAGGGUCGGAAAAUACGAUAUGUGGUACACAAAAAGCUGGUUAACUUCAUGGCCCCGGUUCCCGACUACGAAUGGACGGAUGAGGCAAAAGAUGAGCUAUUUGGCUCACUGUUCGGUCAGCGGCCAGUGGCAGAGGAGCGGUAAGGUAAAGGCGUGUUAAGUGUAUAAUUCAAAAAAUGUAAAACCAAUAAACAAAACAUGAACUCAGCGGAAAUUGCUGCUGAAAAGCAGUUAAAAAAAAUGCAGACGAUUGUAAGCUGUUUCGUAUUCACGCCGCGGCAUGUUUUGUAAGCAAUUGCAAAUUGGUGUCACAUUGUUGUAUACCAGUGCGCGCACUAAAGCGCUCACUUCCUGCUAGUUUAAGCACUUGUUGCUGUCCCCCUUUUGAAUGUUGAACCUGCUUGUUUCGCUUGCCACAUAGAUGACAGUGCCAUAAAUUUCACCCUCCGAGGGAAAUAUAUGGCGUGACGCAACGGUUUACGUGGCCGGCACAGCAUGCUUUUAGUGAAAUUGUUGUAAAACCCCAUUGGACAUUUCGUCUCUACUGACCUUUCACGAGCUAGAAAGCAACGUAAUUCAUCGCAUUCUAAUCACAAAUCAACAUCCGGCUGCAUUUGAAAUCAUGUAAACUCAAAACGCAACACUCGGUUUAAUGUUAAUAGAUCAUUUUCACUUUCGUUUAUUUAAAAAAAUGCUCUUUCACAAUACGCAAUGAUUCGAAGAAAGUAAGAAAGGACGUGGAAAAAGUAGUGCGUACAAAAGAGAAAGCAUGUUCCUCCUCGCGUUCUUUGUAUGCACCGCACAACAAGCGAAGG